AUGUAAGAUAAACUCCAGGAAAGUUUAUAAUUAGGGAUUCCAAUUAAUUCAAAAAUGGUACCUAACUAGGAUUUAGAUAUAGAUUGCAAAUUAGAAAACUAGUAGAAUUAAAUUAUAUUUUCUUCAAUUAGUAAUCUCGAAAUCUCUAAUUCAUUAUUUCCUUGUAAAUCUAUAGAAAAUUCACUUUACUAUAAAAAUUCUGCUCUUAUCAAUGCUUUCAAUGUAUUAUAAUCAAACAUUCAACUUAUGAGAAAUAUGUAUGAACAAUAAGAGAAUCCUUUUGCUGUUUGGCUUUGUGAUUAAGGUGAAUGGAAAAUUAUUAUUGUAAAUGAUAAAGUUCCUUGUAUAAAUGAUAAUAAUAAAAAUAUUAUAGUCCUUUUGAAUGUGAUUAAUUAUGGCCAAUCAUUUUAGAGAAGGCUGUUGCUAAAUUACUUGGAGCUAGUUCUAAUUCUUUUAAUCAUCUGAUUACUCAUUCAAUUGAAUCAUUUGUAUAUGUAUUAUUUCAUCACUUAAACUAAGAUUUUGAUUGGUUAACCUAUCACAAAAAUCAGAAUUCUAAACUUGAAGAUUUAAAAGUUAUUUUGGAUUUAAAAUAUUCUAUUCUUUAUGUUGAAUUGUUUCAAAAUUCAAUGAAUAAUGCUUAUGUCAUUAAAUCAAUCCAUAAUCAAAAUCAAUAAGACUUUAUUGAAUUAUAAGCCAUUAAUAAAAAGCUGUUUAUAAUGAAGGUAUUUUAAUAAAUGUUUUUAGGAACCAUUUUGGAAGGUUCUAAAUUCCUUUUAAGUUGGAACUUUAUAAAGAGUUGUACUAUUUCAUAAGUUCAUUUAAAUUAAGAUAUUAUCAACCUUUUGUCUUAUAAUGAAAAACCCAAUCGAAAGAAAAUUAGAUUUUUUAGAGCAUACUUAUAUUUAUACUUUUAAAAUUAAUGAAAAUAAAUCUUGUUGGUUCUCAAUUUGUUAAAGAGAUUAAAACUUUAAUAGUACUAAAUAAUUAACUGAAAUCAAAUAUGAAUUAAUUGAUUUUGCUUAAAAUUUAUAUCUGUAAAUUAAAAAAGGGAUAAUACACUUUACUUUGUUAAGCAGAAUUUUAUGAUCAUGAAUCCUUAUCUCAAGAAUUAAAAAAUUAACAAUAAAUAUUGAAAUUAUAAAUUUAAGCAAUCGAACCACCAAAAGUGUUUAAUUAAACACAUCAAAAUGAAGUAAAAUUAAAAGAGUUAAUCAUUUAAAUGAUCAGAUAAAAAUCAACAAUCUAAAAUACUUAAAAUUGCAAAGAUUAAGGAUUUCCAGAUGUUUAAAAAACUAGAGGUUAAAUUGAAGGAUUUAUUUAUAUAUAUUAUGAGAAUCAUGAUGAUACUAAAUUUGAAGAGAAACUUGAAUUUUUUGAUGAUCAAAAUUUAAUAAAAUAUGAAACUUAAAAAAUGGACACUUUCGUCAAAAUCUCGCUACCCCCUUAAGAUUAUCUUCUAAUUCUUUACAAAUUCAACCCAAAAGUUUUACUUCCCUAAAAUAAAAUAUCUUUUAAGUAUAAAAUAAGCCCCCAUGAUUAAAAAAUUCCAGAGUUGUCCUUAUUUGAUUACAUGAAAUAUAUUUAGGUGUUUUCUUAUUGUUUUCUAACAUUGCUGCUUUUGCAAUCUAAAUUGAGUGUAAAUUAAAAUUAUAGAAUUCAAUAAUUUAUUAAAAAAAUCUAACUUUGA